AUGGCAGAGAGUGAGACUCGUCGCUCUUCUCAGGAGCUAAGCGAUCAACCUACAGAAAUUGUUAAUCAGCAUGUCUCGUCCAAAUCAAUGCAGGUCGGUUGGGAUGGCGACAAGGAUCCCAUGUGUCCGAGAAGUAUGUCGAGAAUGCGAAAAUGGCUUAUUGUUUCUAUCGCCUGCGUCGGUAGUCUUUGCGUAACAUGCGCCAGUUCAAUUUAUACAGCUACAUAUACCCAAAUGAACAAGGAGUUUAAUUGCUCCCAAAUCGUCGCCACUCUCGGCCUCUCAACUUUUGUCUUGGGAAUCGCUCUUGGUCCCGUUCUGACUAGUCCUCUGAGCGAGUACUAUGGCCGACGACCCAUCUAUCUGGUAUCAUGGACCAUGUUUAUUAUCUGGACCAUUCCAUCAGCUGUCGCGCAAAACAUCCAGACCAUGAUCAUCGCGCGCUUCUUCACUGGUUUCGCAGGCAGUAGUUUCCUCAGCGUCGCUGGUGGAACAGCAGGUGAUGUCUUUGAAAGACAUGAGAUUCAGAAGCCCAUGAGCUUGGUAUCUCUUGCGCCCUUCAUCGGGCCAGCUCUUGGACCAUUGGUUGGAGGCUUCAUCAACUACAACGUCAACUGGCGCUGGACAUACUACGUCAUGCUUAUCUGGGCUGUUUUUCUCAUGGUUGCCAUUGUCUUCUUUGCGCCAGAAACGUUUCAUCCUAUUCUACUUCGCGAGAAAGCAAGAAAGCUUCGAAAAGAAACCGGCAACGACGAAUACCGAGCUCCAAUGGAAGACGAUCAAAAGCCCAUCCUCGAAACGCUCAAGCUCUCCAUCCUUCGGCCAUUUCAGCUCCUCUUUCUCGAGCCCAUGUGUCUAUGUCUCGAUCUCUACUCAGCUAUUCUCCUCGGUAUUCUCUACCUUUUCUUCGGCGCUUUCCCUCUCGUCUUCCGCACCAACCACGGUAUGAACCUCUGGCAGGUCGGUAUGACGUUUUUGGGUAUCUUUGUUGGACCCCUCGUUGCGACGGCUACUACGCCGAUUUGGGCUAGACUUCGAAUGAAAUGGUUGGAAGAGCAGGAGAAGGCGACAGGCAAGGCUAUCAGUGAGCCAGAGUAUAGGUUGCCUCCGACUAUUCUUGGUGCCGUGCUUAUUCCCAUCGGUCUAUUCUGGUUUUCUUGGACAACAUAUGCCAGCGUGCAUUGGAUUGUACCUAUUAUUGGUUCUGGGGUUUUUGGAUGCGGCAUGCUCCUCGUUUUCACAGGUAUCUUCACCUUUUUGGUCGACGCCUAUCCCCAAUAUGCUGCCUCAGCAAUGGCUGCUAACAGUUUUGCCCGUUGCUCAUUUGCUGCGGCAUUUCCUCUUUUCGGUAUCCAAAUGUACGAAAAGCUUGGUUACCAGUGGGCAUCUAGUCUGCUUGCAUUUUUGACGGUUGCUAUGGCGCCGUUCCCUUGGCUGUUCUUCAAAUAUGGAAAGCGAUUGAGAGCCAAGAGCAGAUUUGCUUCUUAUACAUAG